AGAAAUUUAGUAAUCCUCUGAUAGAGCCCGGGUAUAGGUAAAAUCAAAUUGUUUACAGGUUUAGAAAGUUGCUAAAAGUUGUAAUGAACUGUUUUUAUUAUCUCAUAAUUUUAUUUCAAUUAAUCUUAAUAGUAUCUUCACAAAAUCCUACAGUAGAAAUAGUAAAAACAGAGCCAGCAGCGAACAAAGGAAGAGUAAUAUAUGCGCAAAGAGAUGAAGACGUAACUAUUUGGUGUUACGUUGAAAAUUUAAGGCCUCUGACUAAAGUUAGAUAUCAAAAGACGUCCAAAUCUCCUACUGGAAAAGUUCAGUUAAUAGACAUUUCUGAAAAUGAAAGACCAAAGGAUAACACUAAAUACGCAAUUGAAAAACCAAAAGAUUUUACCUGGCGUUUAAGAAUAAAAUCUACUCAAACGCACGAUUCCGGAGUUUAUUCAUGCUACAUAAGAAUUUCAGAAUAUAAGUCGGAAUUUUCAAAUGUUACACUUAUUGUAUUUUCUAAACCAACUUUUGUUGAUCAUAAAACAACUUCUGAUGCCGAAUAUAAAAAGGAUGAGCACGUUAAAUUACAAUGUACAACUGAAGGUGAUCCUAAACCAUAUAUUGAAUGGACUAGAGUUGGUAAUGCUCUUCUACCGAUAGGAAGAGAAAGGUCUGAGAAUCCGGUUCUUGAUAUUUCAAGGAUACAACCGCAAGAUAGAGGAUUGUACAGAUGUAGAUCUUGGAAUAUGAUGGGAGAAAUAUCCAGACAAAUAGCUGUAGGAGUAUUAUUUCCCCCAGUUAUAGAAGCUUCAUAUUCUAUAGUAAAACAAACAGAGGGUUACCUUAUCGAAUUACAAUGCUUAGUCGAAGUUAAUCCUUCACCCACGACGGCUUAUUGGUUAAAAGAAGAUGGGGAAAUAAUUGCACGGUCUAAUGGAAGAUACGCAGUAAAUACUUUCAAAGGAGCAUUUGGUCACUACACUAUUGAACUCGUUAUUAAUGGAGUAAAAAGUACAGACUACGGAAGUUAUAGUUGUUACGUUACUAACGUUAUUGGCACAGAGCACCAAAGUGUUACUUUAAUUAGAUCUGAUGUACCGAUGCCUUCUUUUAAACAGGGAAAAAUAAUCUCUUCAAGUUCAAUGAUAAAAUCUUCUUAUUUUAUUAUGAUACCCUUGUUUUUAUGUACUUUUUUAUAGUUUGUUAAGAGAAAUACUCCAUGGCAGAAGUAAUAUUGCUUUUGGUCUCCUUUUAGAGUAUCAAGAUUCAUUUUUUUUAGCUUUAAAUCUUAUUAAAUUAGUCUUGAUUAAUAAAUUAUCUAUAUUGUUUU